AUGAAUGUAGAUGAGCGGUGGAAGCUGGUACAGAAAAAAGGUCUGUGUCGAACCUGCUUGAACAGUCACGGAAAAUGGCCUUGUAAGUCAUGGCAAGCAUGCGGAAAGGAAGACUGCAGAUUAAAGCAUCACGGUCUGCUCCACCAAACAACUUCUACUUCCCACUCAGUUAAUGUAGCUUCAAGCUUUCCGUAUAAUUCAGAAAGCAACUAUCCUAUGUUUCGCAUGAUGCCUGUAGUUUUACACGACAACAACCGUUGUCAAUCAAUCUUUGCUUUCAUUGAUGAAGGCUCUUCCCUUACACUUUUAGAAGAGGAAGUUGCUUCUCAACUCGGUUCAAGCGGCCAUGCAGAACCUUUGACGCUUCGCUGGACAGGUGAUGUUACACGAGAGGAAACGGCGUCCCAAAAGAUACAAUUGAAAAUUGCCGGCACAGGGUGUUCGAAUAAACAUAAUCUGGUCAAUGUUCGCACAGUUAGAAGUUUACAUCUACCCGCACAAUCAUUGCGGUACCGAGAGUUAGCUGAAAGAUUCCCUCAUCUACGGGGUCUGCCCUUAUCGGAUUACGAUCUGGUUCGACCUAAAUUACUGAUCGGAUUGGACAACCUACGAUUGAUGGUCCCGCUUAAAAUUCGGCAGGGCAAACCGGGUGCACCGAUAGCAGCAAAAUGUCGACUUGGUUGGGGUGUUUACGGUUGCGUACCAAGCGGAUCUAAUUCAACGUCGUUCAUAAAUGUUCAUGUGCCCCAAUUCUCGGAUCCCGAUCGACAACUAAAUGAGCAAUUACGCGAGUUUUUUACACUUGAGAGUAUGGGGGUUAGUCAUUCCAUGCAAAAACUCGAGUCGGAAGACGACAAGCGAGCAAAUAAACUGUUGCAGGAAACCACACGACGAUUGCCGAUUGGGUUCGAGACAGGCCUGUUGUGGAAAACAGGAGCACCCAAUUUUCCAAACAGCUUUCCAAUGGCCAUGCGGCGUUUGCAGAGCUUGGAGAAAAAGUUAAAUAAGGACCCUUUACUGAAAGCGCGGGUUUGUGAGCAAAUAGCAGAAUAUGAGCAAAAGGGCUACGCGCAUAAAGCGAGCGAAGCAGAAUUGAAAUUUAGUGAAUCACAUCGAGUGUGGUAUUUGCCUUUGGGUGUCGUCGUGAACCCAAAAAAGCCAAACAAGCUGCGCCUUAUAUGGGACGCCGCUGCAAAAGCGAAUGGGGUUUCCCUGAAUUCACAACUACUGAAGGGGCCAGACUUAUUGACUCCCCUCCCAACGGUGUUAACCCAGUUUCGUCAGUUUCCGGUGGCCGUGUGUGGAGACAUCAAGGAGAUGUUCCACCAGAUUAAAAUUCGGGAACAUGAUCGCCAAUCUCAGCGUUUUCUUUGGCGCGACGAUCCAUCUAAGCGCCCACAAAUAUAUGUGAUGGAUGUGGCCACCUUCGGGUCAUCUUGCUCCCCAGUUUCGGCGCAAUAUGUAAAAAAUAUAAACGCCGCUGAACUGGCUGAUCGAUUUCCUCGUGCUGCAAUUGCGAUACAAACGAGGCAUUACGUGGAUGACUAUUUAGAUAGUUUUCAUACUAUCGACGAAGCUGUACAAGUAGUCGAAGAGGUCAAAACAGUACAUGCCAAAGGCGGCUUUCAAAUUCGUAAUUUCCUGUCAAAUUCUUGGAAAGUACUGCGAGAACUGUCAGAAGUUACCGAAGGAGAUUGUAAACAUCUACAACUGCAACGGGGAGAUACGACAGAAUCGGUUCUUGGAAUGCGUUGGUUGCCAAAAGAAGAUGUAUUCACCUUUACCUUUACGUUACGAGACGACCUCCAGCCGAUCCUCUCCCCCGAUCGUGUUCCCUCCAAACGCGAAGUGUUGAGAGUGCUGAUGAGCCUGUUCGAUCCUUUGGGAUUUAUUUGUUUCUUUCUAGUGCAUGGAAAGGUGCUCAUGCAGGAUAUCUGGGCCUCCGGCUGCGGCUGGGAUGACCGGAUAAACCAAGAUCUGUGCUAUCGUUGGCAACAAUGGACGAUGCUCUUUCCUCAACUCGACACGUUGCACAUUCCACGCUGCUAUUUCAAAUCGCCGUUUUCCAAAAAUAUGCAAAAUCUACAGGUGCAUGUUUUCGUAGACGCUAGCGAGGUGGCGUAUGCAUGCGUCGCUUACUUCCGUUUAGUAACAGAGAGUGGUGUCCAAGUAGCAUUAAUUGGCGCGAAGUCGAAAGUAGCUCCAUUAAAAAGCCUUUCUAUUCCAAGGCUGGAACUGAAAGCAGCGGUGCUAGGCGUUCGCUACCUGGAAUCCAUUCAGAACUACCAUACGUAUGCAAUCCAGAAAAGAUACCUGUGGAGUGAUUCAAGCACCGUGUUAGCCUGGAUCUCAUCUGACCAUCGCCGAUAUAACAAGUUUGUUGCCCUACGCAUAGGAGAAAUACUAUCGCUAACCGAUCAAACAGAAUGGCAAUGGGUGCCAUCCAAAUUGAACGCUGCAGAUGAAGCCACGAAGUGGAAACGUGGGCCCAAUCUUCAGUCGCAGAGCACAUGGUUUACGGGACCCAGGUUUUUACUCGAAUCCGAAGAUAAUUGGCCAAAACAGCAAAAAUCAUUCACAACACACGAAGAAAUCCGAUCCGUAAACAGCCAUAGUGUUUUCAAACCAUUCAUAGAUGUCGCCCGAUUCAGCAAAUGGGAUCGUCUUCAUCGUGCAGUGGCAUUUGCAAUCCGGUUCUUGAACAACUUACGUCGUAAGCAAAAUAAGCAACAUCUCGAGCUGGGAAUACUCACCACCGAAGAACUAAAACACGCAGAGGAAAUCCUUUGGAAAUCGGCCCAAGAAGACUUUUUCUCAGAAGAAAUCGCCCUGCUCAAGAAAACUCAAGGAGAGCCCGACGCCAAACAUCCAAUUGUCAAGAAAUCCAGUGUCAUAUACAAGGCAUGGCCGUUUAUCGACAGCUGCGGAGUUCUCCGAAUGCGCAGCCGAGGCGGUGCAGCUACAUUUGCACCGUUCGAAGCUAAGUACCCCGUAAUCCUGCCCAGACAACAUUUGACUACUUUUUUACUUGCAGACUGGUAUCAUCGCCGCUUCCGCCACGCCAAUAGGGAAACGAUCGUAAAUGAAAUGCGUCAAAAAUUCGAGAUCGCAAGACUGCGAGCGCUGAUUUUCAAGGUGGCAAAGAACUGCGUUUGGUGUCGUCUUGUAAAUGCAAAGCCACAAACUCCUGCCAUGGCACCACUUCCGGAAUUUCGAGUUACACCUUACGUAAAGCCUUUCACAUAUGUAGGGCUUGACUAUUUCGGACCGGUCCUAGUGCGUGCGGGUAGAAAUCAGGUGAAACGAUGGGUGGCCUUAUUUACCUGUCUCACAAUAAGGGCCGUACACUUAGAAAUUGUACACAGCUUAACCACGGAAUCAUGUAUCAUGGCUGUUCGACGAUUUGUCGCGCGACGUGGUGCGCCAGCUGAGUUCCAUACAGAUAACGCAACUUGCUUUCAAGGUGCUAGUAGGGAGCUCCAAAACGAAAUCAAAUUAUUAAACAAUUCACUCGCAUUGACCUUCACCAGUGCUCGCACCCGCUGGAAAUUUAUUCCACCCGCCACUCCCCACAUGGGUGGGGCGUGGGAGAGGCUUGUUAGAUCGGUAAAGGUGGCUAUUGGAUCAAUUCUUGAUGCCCCGCGUAAACCAGACGAUGAAACCCUCGAAACGAUUAUUAUAGAAGCCGAAGCAAUGAUUAACUGUCGUCCGCUCACAUAUAUUCCUCUAGAGUCAGCAGAUCAGGAAGCCCUUACGCCUAACCACUUUUUGCUAGGCAGCUCUAGUGGUGCAAAAAUAGGACCAACCGCACCCGUAAGUGGUAUUGCUUGUCUUCGAAAUAACUGGAAGCUUGCGCAGUUCAUCACAGAGGAGUUUUGGGGAAGAUGGAUAAAAGAGUAUUUACCAUUCAUUACCCGGAGAAGUAAAUGGUUCGAGAACCCGCAGGACAUAAAGGUUGGCGACCUGGUGUUGGUAGUUGGCGGAGCGGUGAGGAACCAGUGGAUUCGUGGCAGAGUAACAGAGGUGUUCAAGGGACGAGAUGGCAGAGUACGUCAGGCGCUUGUGCAGACCUCCUGCGGAAGUAUAAUAAGGCGACCAGCAGUGCAGAUUGCCGUAUUAGAUGUCGCGGAAAGCGGUUAA